AUGCCCGUGGCCGAAGAGAUGGUCCGGGGCAGCUCGAGGACCGACAGCAUCUCGACGCUCUGGAGCUCUGCCGAUGUGCCGUUCUGCCUUGAUCCCCGCAUGGCCAGGCCGGGUCAGGCCGGCAAUGGCAUGCUCAGCGGCUGCGGUCGCAUCAGCCGGACCGAUGGCUUUCCGCGCUUCUCUGGUGGGCCGGGCUCGUCGAGGCCUUGCUCGAUCGACCUCGAGAGGCCUAGCCUCAGCCUGGCAGAGGAGCGCUACUAUGACUACUCGCUCGACGCGCCAGGUCCGUCGGCGCCGCGUAUGCACGAUUCGCCUCCUAGCCGCGACCGCCGCUACUUUGGCGACGCCGCCGAAGCCAGCAGCAGCGGCAACAGCACCAGCACCACCUCAUCCAGCGGCAGCAGCAACAGCAGGGGCCGACUGCACGACUCGCCCCCACGCAUGGCAGCCUCAUCCUCACAGUCCUCAUCGCUCCACGCGUCGAUCCAGUCGAAGCGCGGCGGGCACCUCCGACCGGCAGGCGAGGAGCGCAACGUGUCGGUCCCCAGCAUGCCAGUCUCGGUCUCGUCCGGCAGCGGGCUGAUGGGCGAGCAGAGCCCUCUGAUCACCUCGAGCUCGGCGACACGGCCAGGAGGCGCGGCGAGUUCGGGCGUCCCCGGCGCUAUCCACACGGUGGAGCCAGAGGUGCGGGCCCAUGACGGAGCAAGCGAGAGCGGCGGAACGAGCCGACACAGCGGUUCGAAGAGGGCAAAGAGGAAGCCCGACCUCUACGCCCACGCCAUGCAGUACUUUGAGCCCGACUACUCGAUGGAGUCGGACCGCUCCAAUCCGCAGAGGCCGAUCAGCCCUGUCCUGGUGGAUCCCGUGGAGCGGCCUGAGCCAGUGCCCUCUUCGGCGUUCAGCGAUGCUUCGCACGACGACAGCAUGCCCUCGUGCUCGGACUCGCACCGAUCCGAUCGGCUCAGCUCCGAGGAUUCUUCGGUGCACCCGGAGCCCUCUGACUCGGUGCACCCGUCGUACUUGUUUGGCGCGACCUUGGCAAAGGACGUCUCCAUGGCCGCAGCCAUCGACGGCCGCCUCUAUCCGAGCGAGAACACGCCGACAAGAGAGAUGCCGCCUCACUUUGGCAGCGCCGUCGAAGACGACGACGGAAAGGACCUGCCCUCGCUGCCUUCCCUUCCCUCAUUCUCCCCGCACGGCUCGCCGAGCCUGUCCGGACCCAACUCGCCCCGCGGCUUCGCCUCCAGGCACGCCAGCCGACCUCGCACCGCCGAGGCCAAACGCGACGGAUCGCCCAAUGGCUUUUCGCCCAGGCGGGCCGUCAAGGGCCCUCCGACGCCGCUCAAGAUAUCAAGGCCACUCACCAGCCAAGCCGCACUGUCGCAGGCCCUGUCGCUCGACAGCAACGGAGCACAGACCGUCACGCGAGGAUCGCCUCCCGCUCCUACCAUCCUCGACUCUCCCGAACUUCGCCGGCCAUCAACGACUGGGUCGCGCCUGAGAUCGAGGGCGUUGUCCACCUCCAAGCUGCGGCCCACGUCGCCAUGGAAGCUUUUCGGGGGCGAUAUGCCUGCGCUCCCUUCUUUCCCCAGCGCGCUCACAUCGCGUCCUUCGACUGCGCAGAUCAAUGGCCAGGAGACGAAGCCCAAGGGUCGCUUUCGCUCCAGGACGCUGGGCGAGGCGGAUCGAGCAGUGUCGCUUCAACCGGCGCCUCGAGCGACCGAGAGGCGGACCGACGUCGAAGCGGCCCCAAUCAUGCGGGCCAGACGACCCAGCAAGAGCGAGACGCUGGCGAGCUCGGCGCAGUCGUCUGCCAGGUCGAUCCUGCUGCAGUCGGCCACCAGCGCCUCGCCCUCGGUGCCGUCGACGCCCAAGAGCCCGGGCCGCUCCAGGGGCAAGAGCAGCGCAGGCGGAGGCUGGGCGUCCUACCUCACCUCUGGUCUCACCCUGCACAUCGACCAGGAGGGACAGCGACUGACCCACGUCAACAUGUCGUACCUCAGCUACGAUCCCUUUGGCAGCCCCGAGGCGCUGGUGGGCAAGCCGGAAGCCAAGCAGGCCACGCCGAGGCGGCCCAAGUCGAGGCAGGAUCGCGACGGCGAGGCGAGCCAGGUGGGCACGCUCGAGUUUGGCCAGGGCGACGAGAUCCACCAGCACCUCUGGCCGAUUCAGUCGUCGAGCCAGCGCUCCCCGCCGAUCCUCAAGCACCUCACCAUCGGCGACGACACCAAGGCGGACCUGCUCACGCGCCAGGCGGCCCUCAUGGUCAAGACCAACGGCGUUCACGAGGUGGGCGGCUACGAGAUGAAGGGCCAACUGGCGUGGAAGUUUGUCUACCGCGUCGAGGACCACGCCACGGCGGCGGGGGAGAAGCUCCUGAUCCCCGUCAGCUUCUCGUGCUCGGCUACGCUGCUCGACCCGGCCCGUGCGCGCAAGUCGCGCAUCCUAACCAGCCUGCGCAAGCAGGUGGUGCCCAACCUCGUCUCGAAGUCGGUCACAGCCUCGCCCGCGUCGUCAAAACACGAGCUGCCCCCCGUCGCAGGCGGCUACGCGCCGUCGCCGCCGUCGUCGUAUCGCUCGCAAGCGAGCCUGCGACGAGAGUACCUGGCAAACGAAAAGGCCUCGACGACCAGCCGACCCUCGUACGGCGAGACAAUGGCCUCGCCCUCGUCGGUGCGACACCGGUUCGAGCUGAGCCACGUGGCCAGCCAUGCAUCGUUCCUUGGCACGCCCGCGACGUCCAAGGCGCCCUUGUCGGCCAACAGCAUCUCGUCGACCGAUUCGAGCGUCUUUUCGGCCUCGCAGCCCAUCACGCCCCUCUCGUCCGGCCACGGCAGGAUCGAAUCCUUCUCGGACCGAUCGCGCCAGCACGGUUCGCCGGUCUCGUCCAAAUUCGUUCGCCUGCCCACGACGGGCGAGGAGACAAUGAUCGUGACGGGUUCGCGUCGGCACCUCUCUGCUGCCGAGCAGGGGCGACACGAUGCGUCGCCUGCUGGUCAGCUCGGCCUGGACGGUGCCACGCUGCGUAUCCGACAGUCGAGCCUUGCGCUGCAGGAGAAGGCGUCGUUCAGCAGCGGCAGUGGCAGCAGCAGCGGCGGCCAUGGCGGCAUCCAGACGAUGGGUCCACCGCGGAUGAUUGGCGGCCGGAAGCUGAUCCCCAUCAGCCUGCCGCCGGAGCUGCAGAAGCGGUCGCGCAUCGACCCGGCCCAGCUCCAGGCCCACCAAGCAGCGACUAUCAGGUCAGCGGCGACGGUACCCUCGUCGUCCUCUUCGCCUCGACAGUACUUCGGCGACGUCGCCUCGCCAGCGGCUACGCCGACGGCGUCGAGCGCGGGUGCUGCCCGAUCCGACGAGCGCCGGGUGACGACGGGCCAGACGCGUUCGCACGGCGCUACGCGCUCGUCUUCGCGUCCGCCGACGGCGUCGGAAGCCAUCAAGCUCGAAUACCUGGCGCGCGAGGAAGGGCGCUUCGUCGUCGGCGGCGUCGCAUCGACGGCGACGGAACGGCCGUUGCGGCCGCAGCGUUCGCACGGCACCUUCGUCCUCACUCCCCAUGCGGGGCAGCAGGACGACGCUCGGUCGCCGGCCGCCGCCGCGAUGCACGCCGGCACCGCGAUGGGCCGGCAGCGCAGCCGGACGACUGAAGGCGUCCAGAUCGAGCAGGGCCGACCCUUCACCGCCGACGCGUGGGGAGCAGCCAUGUACCCUCCCGUCGAAACGGUCCGCGGGGCGCUGCAGCAUGAACGACCAUCGCCUCCGUCUCGCCACCUUGCUUUGCUGCAGCAGCAGCAGCAACACUCGCAGCAGCAGCAGCAGCGAGCGAGGGAAGAGGUGUGGGAGGGCGCUGCCGCUUCGUCGUCGCUCUUUCUGACGCAGUCGGGCAGCAUGGCCCAGCGUGCCCGGGCCACGUUUGGCUCGAGACCGCGGACGGCGCAGAACCUCCUGCCCGACCAGGCCGUCCACCUGCCCGCAGCGGCCCUCGUCGAUGUCUCGUCGCGACGCGUCUGA